UAUGUGACGUAUAACCCAAAUGAAUGUUGACAACACAGACUUGAUGCAACCCUUGGAUUUAUUGAUGAUAAAAUGAAAGCCAAUUUUAAACGAUGUGCCAUUACUUUGUGUGUAGUGCUGUACACCAUGUUUGAUUUGCUUCGAUGUCAGAAUUCCAGCAAAACAACCACUCCCAGCGUCCCUGCUCCUGCCGGUUGUGGAAGUUCCCUCACAGGAAGCGGUGGUGUUCUAUUGUCCCCAAACUAUCCAGUCAAUUAUCCUCCAAAUCUUGAUUGCACAUGGGAAAUUACUGUUGAUGAAAACAAAUUCAUUUUGCUUCAGUUUGAAGACAUAGAUAUUGAAAAUGACAGUGGAUGCAGCUAUGAUAAGUUACUUGUACAGGAGAAGAGCGACGGGUCAAAAUUUAAGACCACUGGAAAGUUCUGUGGCUCAAAGGUCCCAAAGCCUUUUCAGACAAACUCCAAUCUCGCCAAAAUACUUUUUACAUCAGAUGACAGCGAGAAUGGGCGAGGGUUCAAUUUGACAUGGAAAGCGAUUUCAAAGGAAAAGGACUGCGGCAAAGAAGAUUUCAAUUCAACAAGCGGAUACGUGACGAGUCCGAAGUUUCCACAUCCAUACAGUAACAACCUAAACUGCAGCUAUGGUAUUCAUGCUGCACCAGGGUACCAAGUGUCUUUAAGAAUUUCUGAAAUGGACAUCGAAUACGAUGCUGGCUGUCAAUACGACGUACUUGAGAUCUACGAUAUAACACGGACUGGAAAAUCCCUAAUAGGUCGUUUCUGUGGCAAUAAACCUCCAAAAAGCGAUCUACUUUUUCAUGGCAAGCAAGUCUUAAUAAAGUUUAAGACAGAUGACUCUACUAAUGGAAAAGGUUUUAACAUAACAUGGACAUCCAACGAAAUAUCUCGCGAAAAAGGUAACCAAACAUGUGGUCGAAAAUACCACACAACUACCAGAAUAGUCGGAGGGACAAUCGCAAGUGCCGGAAAAUUCCCAUGGCAAGCAGGGUUUUUCUGGCGAACUGGAAUUGCAAUUGGAAAGUUCUUCUGCGGUGGAGCCCUGAUCGAUUCUCAGUGGGUUUUGACUGCUGCGCACUGUUUUGUGAACGGGAAGGUAGCAUCUCUGUACAAAGUUCGCCUUGGUGACCAUAACAUCAAGAUACAAGACGGAUACGAACAAGAAAUCAACAUAUCCAAAAUAAUAAUUCAUCCAAAAUACAACAUGACAACUUAUGACAAUGACAUAGCGCUGGUACAGCUUGAGCGCAAAGCAGUGAUCAAUGAGUUUGUAAAUACACUUUGUUUACCAAAUCAAGCCCCCUCCGCUGGUACGAGAUGUCUUGUAGCUGGAUGGGGGGCGACUGUGGAGCAUGGCAGGGCUUCAGACUUACUGAUGGAGGCUGAAGUUCCAAUAAUAAACACGGAAAUUUGCAGCCAUCGAGAUGUCUAUGGAUCGAAAAUAACAAACAAUAUGAUAUGCGCUGGGUUCCCCCAAGGGGGCAUUGAUACAUGCCAAGGUGACUCUGGGGGUCCGUUACAUUGCAGAAGUGCAAAUGAUAACAAUCGUUGGGAAGUGCAAGGAAUUGCGAGCUGGGGAAGAGGGUGCGGCCGACAGAUGAGAUAUGGGGUGUACACAAAGAUGGCAAAUUACGUCAACUGGGUAUCUUGUCUUCUUGAAAACGAAAAGCCGUCUGCAGUCACUUUGUCGAGUGAGGAGAAUGGAAGAAAUUGUCUGUCAAACUUAACGAAUCCCAUUAAUGCAAGCUCUAGCGUUACCUACAACAAUAACAGAUAUAGUUUAAAACCAGCCAGCCAAGAAUCUAUUUUGACAGACCCUUACACCCAUAUGCAAGUUUCAAAAGCUGAGCCGUACAUUUCAGUAACCGCACUCAAAACAUCAAUGUUUUCAGCCUUGAGGCUUGCGGGAACGACGGUAACGAAAUUCUAUAGCUUAGUCACAAACAGUGCGCUAGAUUCCAACAGCAAUUAUCCUUCCACACUCGAGGCAUCAGCUUUGACACUUUUUACGUCCUGGGAAAACAACCAUGGAGCUGCUACGGCUACUACACAUAGUUACAAAGUAUCUGAGAUAAGACCGUCAUAUGUAUUAAGAAAAUCACUCAAAACAAACGAUUUCAAUACAGAAUCGCUUGACCAAACUCGCACGUCGACUCAACUUAUACCUGAUCAUCAAAGUAGUUGGUCUAAUACCUUGCUAACUGGCACAAGCUUUUUUGCUGAGAGCAAAUCGAAUGCCCCAAAAUCAAAUAUGUCCUCAAAUGGACAUGCGACGCACGCGUAUUCUACCAACAUGGCCGCUAAAAGUGGGGGAGUGAUACACUCGCCAUCUUUGCCUGUAGCUGCUGUGUCAUCCUUGAAAGUUAGCUUGCUAACAGUGGGUUCUGGAUCAACUUCUCCCAUUUUAAAUCCAGCUAAUAUGAGCAACUGGAGCUCAGUUUUGCCAAGAAAACCAUUUAUCAAUGAAACCUUCGCCCCUGAUUCGACACAUGCUGAGGAAGGGAGGACGACGUUGUCCUUAUUACCACCACCAGAUACAAGAAGCUCUGGGUGCAUUCAUAGCCCUUCGGUUCUCGUUAUAACAAUAUCCUUGUUAGCCUGGCAGAGCACAUAACAGCAAUUAUUUUCAGAUAUAUCCAAAGGCAAACUUAUUUACUCCGUAACGUCCUGAGAUGAAGUGCAAAUAUUUUGAAGAAAUGAUUCCACUAGGGAGGUUUCCUCAACAGUUUAUUGGCAACUGG